AUGACAGCUCUAGUAACUGGUGGAACCCGAGGCAUAGGGUACGCCAUUGUUGAAGAGUUAGCGGAAUUUGGAGCAGCGGUGCAUAUAUGUUCAAGAAAUGAAGAAGAUAUUAACAAAUGUUUGGAAGAGUGGAAAAAUAAAGGAUUUAAGGUGACAGGAUCAGUAUGUGAUUUACUAUUCCGUGACCAACGUGAAAAAUUAAUGGAAACUGUUGCUACAGUUUUUAAUGGAAAACUCAAUAUUCUAGUAAACAAUUCUGGGAUAUUUACUCCUAAACCUAUCAUGGAUUAUACCGAUGAAGAUGUAGCAACUAUAAUGAGUACUAAUUUUGUGUCUGGUUACCAUUUGUGUCAACUUGCACACCCACUUCUAAAAGAAUCUGGAUAUGGAAGCAUAGUAUUCAUAUCCUCAAUUGGAGGUCUGAAAGCCUUUGAUUCUUGUUCUGCCUAUGCAGCUUCUAAAGGAGCUAUGAAUCAGUUUACUAAGAACGUAGCAUUGGAAUGGGCAAAGGAUAAUAUUCGAGCUAAUGCUGUGGCACCUGGACCUGUCAAGACCUUACUCUUAGAGAAUGCUAUGAAAUUAUCUGAAGGAGUGGAUAAUGCCGUUGAAGAUAUAGUGUCUAAAUCGCCGGCUGGUAGGAUGGGAGAAUCUAAGGACAUAUCAGGAUUGGUUGCAUUUCUUUGUCUUCCAGCUUCUUCACACAUAACCGGACAAAUUAUAGCUGCAGAUGGAGGUCUUCUCUUUUAUGUGGUGAGAGUGAUUCGUCCUCUUGUCUUCUUUUUAUCUUCUUGCCCAAACGCUUUUCCUCUCACAGGUUUCCUUUUGUUCUUCCAUGAGUUUAAGCGACACUUUGAUUUGUUCAUGUGUGUCUCUUCCUCGAUUUUGCAUUCCAUCGUCAUUUCUAAGUUUUUGGGUGAUUUCCCCAUUGCUUCGUUUGCUUCCAUCUUUGCAUUUUCUACUAGUGCUUGUUAUGAUUUAAGGAUGAGUUAUGAUGAUGGUGGUAAAAAAUCUGGGGCUCGUCAAGAUGACGAGGAUCUAGAGGAGCCUGUGGAGAAAGAUGGAAGGGUUAACCCAUUUAGGCUUGAAAUCAGGCAAGUUCGUUCUGCUUUUUAUUUUCCUCAAGUACUCGUGGUGAACUUAAAAAGGGUUGAGGAUUAG